AUGCUGACUGGUACCAACUCGAGCCAGUCCCGCACCUCCUUCUUGCUUCGGCCUACUGAAGCCGUCUGUACCACCCGUGACCGGCUUCUUUUCCAAUCCACUCGUAAACACACUUUUUCUGCCCCAUUGUUCUGCUUUGUCCUGUUGCCAAAUCCACCCAACGUCACGAUUUGCGACCACCUAAUAACACGCUAUUUUAGCGACCCUUGCGUCUUCUACUCUCUUCGAGUCUCGGCGACUUGGGUUCGAGUCCUAACUCCUGAGACUUGA